AUGCCUGGUGUCAAUUGCCACGGUUGCGGUCGCUUUAUGGUACCGGCAGAGGGCGCUAAAUGUGGUAAAUGCAAAAUGGCGUACCACAGAGGGUGCGUAGGAGUUGUAGCAAAAGGCGUUGUCCCUGCAGGCUGGCGCUGCCCAGAGUGUAAGAAGAACCUGUUAAGGGACAAUAGGGCGGAUACUCCAGUCAGAGGUCUUGCGGAAAGCCCUCCCUGUUCUAGCACCAGCCCUGUAGAACAUACAAGCGUGGUGCCGAGUUCACCCAACACCAGGACUGUUAGUUGUUCCAGCCCUUUACCUGAGACCGUCGGGCAACAAUCUGCGAGUCUAUCGUCUGUUCCUCCUGCGCCGCAAGCUGGCUCCGACUUGACUCUAGUGGAGGAGUUGAGGGCGAUGCGUGCUGACCUUCUGGAGUUCCGCAGCAAGAUGCUGGAGGAGAUGAUGGAUCUUAAAUUAUCCAUGCAGAGCUGCAAUACCCGUAUUGACGGCCUGGAGGCCAGAAUUAAUGCACUGGAACAGCGGCGGGAGACCUCCCCUUCCACACAUUCAUCCGUGGAGGGGAUUGUGGAAGAAUUAAGGAGGGAACUGAACGACAGGGAUCAAGACCUUCUCAGUAAUGACAUCGAAAUCUCAAAUAUUCCCGAGAGCACAGCUGACAACCCGGUUCACAUUGCCAAGGUAAUAGGCCUCAAGUUGGGGGUCACGCUGGAGGAACGUGACAUCGUCAGUGCGGAGCGGGUGGGCGGUAGGCAGCUCAACGCCACAAGCUCUGCCGGUCCGGCGGUGCCGCGGCCGCGCGCCAUAGUGGUACGCCUGGCGCGGCGCGAUGUGCGCGACCAGCUGCUGGCGAGUGCGCGCGUGCGCCGGGGCGCGACGACUGCUGACCUGGACAUGUCUGGCCCGCCGCAGCGUUUCUUCCUUAACGAGCGCCUCACUAAAACUAAUCGCCGGUUGUUUCGGAAGGCGCGAGACGCUGCUAGCCUCUUCAGCUGGAGGUUUGUUUGGACGAAGCGAGGUCGCAUACUGGCUAGGAAGGGCCCGGGUGACUCCACCCAAAGAAUCCGCACCGACGAGGACAUUGCUGCGAUUAUUGGAUCUGUCAAUGAAACAACUUGAUUACUGUCUGUUUUUAUUAUUUUUGUCAUUGUGUGUGUCUAGCAUUCAUGAGUGGGGGAAUAUGCGUCACACUCUUUUCUAUCAGGGGGUUAUCAUAUUUUGCUUAUAUGGUGAGUCAAAAUUGUUUCAAAUCUAUAUAACUAUAUUAUAUAAACACGUUAAAUCUUACACUAACAUU